UAUUGACCAAACCAAUUUAUUAACAAUGCCUACCACGCCAAUAUUCUCCAUCAUUUCAUUACUCCUCAUAGCCACUCUUGUGCCGAUUGAAGCCGUCUACUACCAAGUCAAGAACAAUGGCACAGGCACACCUGGCGGAACCCGAUUCGACAACGAAAUCGGGAUCCCCUGGAGCGCUCACACCCUGAAGCACGCAUCAAAGUUCAUAUGGAGAAUUUUUCAUCAACAGAAUUUAGAUGAUAGAGCUAAGGUUGACAACAUCACAAUGAUAGUAGAAGACAGUGAAUAUAUCGCAUAUGAAGAAAAUAAUCAUAUUCACGUCGACACGAAAUAUAUAGCCAACUUCGUUGGAGAUAUUAAGGUUGAGAUCAAAGGAGUGUUGUAUCAUGAAACGACUCAUAUAUGGCAGUGGAAUGGGAAUGGGACUGCUCCGAGUGGACUAAUCGAAGGCGUGGCGGAUUACGUGAGACUGAAGUCUGGGCUAGCGCCACCGCAUUGGAGGAAAAGAGGGAUGGGCGUGAAUUGGGAUGAUGGAUAUGAUAUUACAGCGCAUUUUCUCGAGUACUGCAAUGGAUUGCGAGAUGGUUUCGUUGCUGAGCUCAAUGGGAAGAUGAAAUCUAGUUAUAGUGAGGACUAUUUCGUGCAGCUUCUAGGGAAAAAUGUGAAUGAUCUGUGGAUGGACUACAAAGCAAAAUAUAAUACUAAUAGCUAAGUAGUAUCUCAUGGAUUUUUAUCCUCUGUUGUCUCGGAACAGAACUGAUACUCAAUUGUAAAACACAUAAGGCUAAAUUAUCAAAAAAUAUAUAUUAUCACAUCCUUGUUAUUCAA